AUGCCGGUUCCAUUCGAGACCCUGUUGCCCUACGCCAUCAUGAUUGGCAUGUUUGGCGUGACGGGCACAGGUCUUGCAGCCGUGAAGACAUGGAGGAACGAGGGCAAGCGCCCGCGAUAUUCCCUUGAUCAAUGGGAUAAGUAA